AUGGCCAAGUCGGUAUGCAUCAUCGGCGCGGGGCCGGCUGGUCUGGCAAUCGCCAAGACGCUGCUUCACAAUGCGCCGCAGGGAGACUUUUGCGUCACCGUCUUUGACGCCCAGCACAAGGUCGGCGGUCUCUGGCCGACGGACAAGGAUGACGCAGGCCGCCAGAUUCACCCGCUGAUGCGGACCAACCAGAGCCGGCACUCGAUGCACUUUAGCGACUUGGCCUGGGACGACGAGAUUCCUCAGCUGCCGCGGGCGUGGAUGGUUGGUCAGUACCUCGAGCGGUAUGCGCAAAAGUACCUCUUUGGUAGUCUGAAUUUCCAGCUGAGGCUUAAAACGCGUGUCACACGUACUGAGAGGGACGGAGAAGGGUGGAAUGUGACGGUCCGGUCCGACAAGGGCGACGAGACGGCGCGUUUUGAUCGUCUUGUUGUAGCGUCUGGCUACUUUGGCGAGCCAGUCGUCCCAAAGACCAUGAAAGAAAACACUACUGUCCCGGUCAUUCAUAGUAGUUACUACCGGGACCUGAAGUCGCUCCUCGGAACAUCGGGCCGAGGGGGCAAGAUUGUAGUUGCUGGCGGUCAAAUGUCUGGCGUGGAAAUUGCUGCGACGAUUGGCACCCAUCUUUCAGAUGAAAUCAACUCGCCGGACAAAAGCUCCUUACCAAAUAUUGAGAACUACGAGAUUCAUCAUGUUAGCCCGCGCCAUCCGUGGGUCAUUCCUCUUCACACAACGCCCGAGCCGAAAUGGAAAGCUCCGCCGUUUCUUCCUCAUGAUUUCUCGUCUUACAAUAAAAACAACAGACCAGUGCCGUUUACAGAUACGCACGGGCACAUUACGGAAGAGAGGGCCAAGAUUGUCCACGAACGGUUGCGCGGGGCUCUAGGACCGAGGCAGAUGAUCAGUUCCGAGGCGGCAAACUCUGAUGGCCUAGAUGGCUUGUCGCUUCCAUAUGUGUCAUGCAGUGACUGGUAUUGCGACUUUGUGCGUUCAGGCUUCAUCACUGUGCACAAUAGCCGACUAGAGUCUCUUGCAGGGACUACUGCCAAACUGGCUGGAUCCAACCUCGACGACGUUGCCGCUGUCGUUCUUGCGACGGGCUUUGAUCCGGACCCUUGCAUCAGCUUCCUGCCAAACGACGUACUGAGCACACUCAAGUAUUCGCCCGCGCACCCGGCACUACUCUUGGCUCUCUCAUUCCACGGGACACAUCAUCCUGACGUGCCCAACUUGGGAUUCGUCGGGUUUUAUAGAGGAGCCUUCUGGGGCGUCAUACAGAUGCAGGCCCGGUUCCUCACUGCGCUUUGGUCUAGCAAAGGGCCAUCGGCGACGCUUCGCGACAAACUGGCCCGCGAUGGCUGUAUUCAAAGGACCCUCAAUCUCCGGGAUGAUCCGCGACAGUCGCAAUUUCCCAUGGGAGACUACCAGUUCCUCAUGCAAGACUUUGCCGAGGCGCUGUCCCUGGAGAUAUCCCCUCCGCAGGCCGUCGACGCUCCCCACCUCACAACCAACGGCCUCCCUUUAGAAAUAUUCGCACCCUGUCGCUUCUCGCCCGCCAACGAGGAUGGCGAGCACAAUGCCAAUGCAAAGAAACUCAACAAUGACGCUGCCGCCGUCUUGAAGGCUGCCCUCACUACUCCCCGGUUCGUCUCGCGGGCCGUGUUCCGCAGCCUACUCGGCACGUGGAAGCUGGAGCGGACUCUGACGAGCAAGCUCCCGACGCACCCGAGCGGGCAUUUCAGCGGCACUGCGCAGUUUCUUUUGCGCAAGACCACAAAGGAAGGUGUGCAGUGCGCGAUCGCAGAAGAGGGCGUCGCGUCGGUAUGCAAAGACGGCGAGAGCUAUGAAUAUCUCUACAUUGAAGACGGCGAUUUCCAAACUGAUCAAGGUUUCGGUUUCCGCGCUACGCGUCGGUAUAUAUACCGCUACGAUGAGGCUUCUGACAGGAUUAGCGUGUGGUUUGCCAAGCCGGAUGACAAUAAGCGCGUCGACUACCUCUUUCACAGAAUCGAGUUUGAGGAUCCGCCCGCGAGCGGGGGACACCCGCACGGGUGGCCUGCCAAGUCGGGCCAUUUGUGUAUCGACGACUACUACAAUGUAAAGUAUAAUUUUGUGUUUGACGCCGUCAACGUGGAGAGUUGGGUGUGCGCAUACACGGUGAAUGGGCCGCAAAAGGAUUAUACUAUCCACGGAACAUAUACAAGGUAG